AUGCAGAACUCGGUCAAACCUCCAGAAGUACUGCUGAUCAUAGCUCCAUGGGAUCUCUCAGUGUCCUUCCUCGAACGUCUACCAACGAUUAGUCCCGGAAUCCGAGUAAUCACCUUUAAAUGUAACAUGCAGGACAUGGAGAGGCCCCGAGCGAUAUCUCAGGAGACCUGGAACUCAGUCACUAUUCGUCUCACACGGAACUACCUCCCAGGAAAAGAACAGAUUCCCAAUUUGCGAUACAUACAAUUUCACACUGCCGGUUGCAACCACAUCGCAGACACAUCUCUUUUUGAGGACAGCGAUGUAUCAUUCGGUACAGCGAACGGUGUUCACCCGCAGGUGGUUGCUUGGGUUCUCUCUGGACGCAAGCUGACAACGCGCAGUUCACAAAUCGCCGAAUGGGUCGUUACUACUUUACUCGGUUUCCAACAUCAUUACGAAGACACGGAGGAUGCUGUCGGUUUACGAAUGUGCGUACACCACCCAUCGGUGGGAAUGAAAGAUAGGGUUCUCUUAUCGUGUAUAGGGUGCACUGGGCGUCAGUGCGCACGCUUAGCGAAUGCGCUCGGGAUGGACGUUCAUGCUUUUACCCUACACGAACGGCCGACUCCAGAGUCUAAGGGUGAUCAUUCGUACGUUGAGGCGGGAAUGGAUGAUCCCAACGGCGACAUUCCAUCCCGAUGGUACCAUGGCUGCGAUCAGUUAAAUGAGUUCCUUGCCGGUCUUGAUCUACUGGCUAUUACUCUACCCCUUACCUCGCUAACCUGGAGCAUGAUCGCUCGUGAACAGUUCCAAACUCUCGGGAAGCGGAAUGCCUUCGUCAGCAACGUUGGACAGGGUCCAAUCGUGAACAAUGAUGACCUCGUGGAUGCUUUGAAUAACGGGAAGAUCAGAGGAGCUGCGGUUGAUGUCACGGACCCCGAACCAUUACCUGCGGGGCAUCCACUGUGGAAGGCGAAGAAUGUCAUCACUACCAUGAGCGAGUUCUGA